AGGCCAUCAAGCAACUACAAGAGUUCAUCGAAAACUAUCCUCCGGGACGUGUGGAUGGUAUUGAUUCGGGUGGCUGCAGGCUGUUGCAGGUCCAACCGCAAUAUCUUUAUGCGCAAUUUGCUAGCUUUAUUGGUUUGAUUUCGGACGUGGAGUUUGCCAUUAUGGAAAAUGGGUCUGUGCAGAUCCGGUCGGCCUUGAGGUCUAUGGCGCCUGACGCGUUGGGCACUGUCCAGACACCGCCUGAUAGCCUGGCGAACGCGAAGCGGUUGAAUUGGCUGUCAGAGCGGCUGAGGAAGGUUGGCUGGACUGCUCCCGAGAUAACAGAGCAAACUCACCCGGAGUAUUUCGAGGCGAACUUCCAGGCAGGUUUGAAGACCAUUGGUUUGGAGUACAUGCCGGAGAAAGACGGGGUUCCAAAACCAGAGUAUAUUUGAUGCGAUUGCAAAAAGUAAAAUAUAAAAGACCCGCAGACCCGCGCAUUGAUUUCAAGAGGCACAGCCAAAAGCAUCAAGAGCCAAUUAUAUCGCCAGCUGGACACUUUUCCCAGAAUCGUUGCCAUCGCUCGACCGCGGUUCGUUUCCCAACUCGCAUGGCGAUAAAUAGCUGCGAAACUUCGGGCUGUGGACUACACGUGCCAUCACAUGUGCACAUAUGCGUGCAGAGGGGACAGGGACACGAGGAUGCGAAAAGCGCUGCGUUUUCUGAAGAGACACACUUGUGAACAAACAGAAUACGAGGGUUACCUACGCAGCUGUGUUGCUGAGGGCUAGAUUGACAUAUUCUUU